UUCUCCAGAAGGACAAAAUCAGCGGACUCAUCCAGAAUUCUUGAAGAAAACAACUGCAACAUUACUGUCUAAAAUUCUUUUUUCUUUUUCCCCAAGAAAAGAGAAAAAAAAAAAGUAUAAAAAAGCGAUUAUUCGGCCUGAACAUGUCAAUAAACCCCUUUAAAAUCACCCUAUAACAAUCCCCGCAAUCAACUUUUUUCACACCGGCUUUCUAUCAAGUUUCGACUCUGCUUUCACUCUCUUUCUAAUACAAAUGGGCAAGAUCAAGAUUGGAAUCAAUGGAUUUGGAAGGAUUGGUCGUUUGGUCGCUAGAGUUGCUCUGCAGAGGGAUGAUGUAGAACUUGUUGCUGUUAAUGAUCCAUUCAUCACCACUGAUUAUAUGAAAUACAUGUUUAAGUAUGAUAGUGUGCACGGCCACUGGAAGCACAAUGAGGUGAAGGUCAAGGAUGAAAAGACCCUUCUUUUUGGUGAUAAUCCAGUCAGAGUUUUUGGGGUCAGGAACCCUGAGGAGAUUCCAUGGGCUGAAACUGGUGCCGAGUUUGUCGUGGAGUCAACCGGAGUUUUCACUGACAAGGAUAAGGCUGCUGCCCACUUGAAGGGAGGUGCUAAGAAAGUUGUCAUUUCGGCUCCAAGCAAAGACGCCCCCAUGUUUGUCGUUGGUGUUAAUGAGAAGGAAUACAAGCCUGAUCUAGACAUUGUAUCCAAUGCUAGUUGCACCACUAAUUGCCUGGCUCCACUGGCCAAGGUCAUAAAUGAUAGGUUUGGUAUAGUCGAGGGUCUCAUGACCACCGUUCACUCCAUUACUGCUACUCAAAAGACCGUUGAUGGUCCAUCAAGCAAGGACUGGAGAGGUGGAAGAGCUGCGUCUUUCAACAUCAUUCCCAGCAGCACUGGAGCUGCCAAGGCUGUUGGUAAAGUGCUUCCACCCCUAAACGGGAAGUUGACAGGGAUGUCCUUCCGAGUUCCUACAGUUGAUGUUUCUGUGGUAGACCUCACUGUCAGGCUAGAGAAAGAGGCCACUUACGAGGAGAUCAAGGCUGCCAUCAAGGAGGAAUCGGAGACAAAGCUCAAGGGUAUCUUAGGUUACACUGAAGAUGAUGUUGUUUCCACUGACUUUGUUGGUGAUAGCAGGUCAAGCAUUUUCGAUGCCAAGGCAGGGAUCGCUCUUAGCAAAAAAUUUGUGAAGCUCGUCUCGUGGUAUGACAAUGAAUGGGGUUACAGUUCUCGUGUGAUUGAUUUGAUCGUUCACAUGGCUUCGGUUCAAGCUUGAGGCUUCCACUGUUGCAACAAGAUCCCUUCCAUUUUCGUUUAGCAUUUUAUGGUUUUUGGGUUCCUCCCUCGAGUACCUGUUUCGUUCAGUUCUAGAAUAAGUGGAAUUACUACAGCUACUUUUCUAAUUUGCUAAUUUUAUAUUUGUAUCAUUGUUAACAAGUUUUUCCUUGUGGGUUUUAUAUGAAAAACUAAGAUAAACUUUGUGUGAACACAAUCUAUAUUCCAUGAAAAUGUGAUGAACAUUGCAACAUAAUUGUUCAGUA